AAGUGAUCCAGGGCCAUGGGGCAGGUCGCUGCCCUCCCUCUGCGCCAAGUGAGCUCCCGCUGCUGGCAGAGGCAACACUGCUGGCCUGGCCCCAAGCCAUGGCCCCCACAGUGCCGCAGCCCCCCGUGGAUCCCCGGGGCGUUCCUCGCCCGCGGCCUCUCCUCCAUGGCCGCCACCAUCCGCUUCUCGCCGGCCGCCCGCAGCCUCUUCGACGAGCCGCUGGCCAUCGCCGUGCAGGGCCUCGGCCCGCGGCAGCAGGUCACGCUGCGGACAUCCUUGCGGGACGAGGCGGGCGAGCUCUUCGAGGCCCACGGCCGGUACCAGGCGGCGGAUGAUGGGGAGCUGGACCUGGCCCGCUGCCCCGCGCUGCCGGGAGGCAGCUUCAGCGGCCUGGAGCCCAUGGGGCUGCUCUGGGCUUUGCAGCCCUGCAAGCCCUUCUGGCGGCUGGUGAAGAAGGACGUGCAGACCCCCUUCCGCCUGCAGCUGGAGGUGUUUGAAGGCCACGGGGACACCCCCGGGAAGCUCCUGGCCCAGGCCGAGCACGAGCGGGUGUUCCUGCGGGACGGGGUGCGCAGGGUGCCGGUGCGAGAGGGGAGGAUCCGGGCCACGCUCUUCCUGCCCCCCGGAGAGGACCUCUUUCCAGGAAUCAUUGACAUAGAUGGACUUGGAGGAGGCCUUCGUGAGUACAGAGCCAGCCUGCUGGCCAAUCAUGGCUUUGCCACACUGGCCCUGGCUUAUUACCAAUAUGAGGAUCUGCGCCAGGAUGUGACCAAACUCCAUCUGGAAUAUUUUGAAGAGGCAGUGAACUACAUGCUGCAGCACCCACAGGUAAAGGGGCCUGGCAUUGGCCUGCUCGGUUUCUCCAAAGGAGGUGACCUGUCUCUCUCCAUGGCUUCCUUCCUGAAGAACAUCACAGCCGUUGCUACCAUUAAUGGCCCUGUGGCCAAUACAGCUAUUCCUCUCAGCUACAAGGAUAAAAUCAUCCCCCCUUUGCCCACUGAUCAACAGCGUAACAAGGUUUAUGAUGACAACAUUCUUGAUUUUUCUGAUGCUCCUUUUGAUCCCUUUCAAGCCCCUGGCAACCAAAGCCUCAUCCCGCUAGAGAAAGCUGAGGCACAUUUACUGUUCAUUGCUGGUCAAGAUGACCAUAUUAUCAACAGUGAGUAUUUUGCUACUGAAGCCUGCAAGCAUUUGCAGGCUCAAGGGAAGGAAAAUUUUCAGAUACUCAUUUACCCUGGAGUAGGGCACUGCCUUGACCCUCCCUUUUUCCCUUUGUACCGGAUAGGAAACCACCCUCUUUUUCAGAAGUGGGCAGUCUUGGGUGGGGAGUUCAUGGCUUAUUCUAAAGCACAGGUUCAUGCUUGGCCACAGAUCCAGGCUUUUUUCCACAAAUAUUUAAAUGACAAGUAAUGUGGAAGAAGCAAUGUACAAGUAACACACAAUUUUGAACAACCAGAUCUGAUGAAUUCUUUUACAUUUAUCAGGUCAAACCCCAUUCACAGCUGUACCAGUACAGCUAUAGUGUCUUCCAUGACUUUGCACAUCCACUACUCAGAAAAGAAAUAGUUUUCAGUUUUUUGGUUUUCCCUCAACAUUUUUGCUCAAGCAUUAAGAAAAGGAAUGGAGAAUAGUUUCACAUUAGCCCUUGAUAAAAUAGGUCGAACAAAAAAUACUCGUUAUUUUUCUCACCUGUUUUCUACUUUAAUAUUUGACUGUACUUCGCAAAUUACUGCGGUCUCCACAUGCAUAUGCUAUCCACAGCUCAUACUUAAAGCAAGACCUCUCAAAUACUAAUUUUGGGACGUAGAUUUCACCACAGUUAUGGUGAAUGUCUCAUCACAAAUGGAAAUAUCUCUGAUCUCUGAGCUGCUCUAAGUGUGCAAUAAUGGAUGUUAUAAUAAGGAUGCUGGGGUGUCUCUGGUUAACUCUCUAGAAGAGUUGUUUGUCUUCUGUUUCCAUCUUCCCUUCAGAAGAAAGGACUCAUGGAUACUUCUGGCUCCAAGAUGUCAUUGAAAAAGCCAAAUUUAAAAUCACUGUGAUCUUCUCCCACAACAUGGGGAACUAUUAGAGCAAGAAUUUAAAUAAAGAGAGAAUGAGAUU